AUGGAAGGAUCACAAAGUGCGGAAGGUGGAAAAGAAGUUGACGUUGAAACCGAGGAUACGGAAUACAGCGACUCUGAUGUUAUUUUGACUGUAGAUUCAGACACAAUAAUUCCUGCAUGUAUACCAUCUUCUAAAGAAGAAAAAGUAAACGAGGCACCACCAUCUAAUACGCCCAUUCUCAAGUUCUCCAUCAGCAAUAUUCUUAGACUGCCAGAUAGGGAACGUAUCGCCAAAACUACCAGCAUAACAGAUUUGUGCUCCUCUCAUUUCUCCCUCUCAGAACAGAAGUCCAAUGACCUCACAGGUAGCAUCAAAACCAAAAGGAACCGAACAACCUUUUCCACAAAGCAGCUGCAAGAACUAGAAAAGGCCUUCCGUAAAACACACUACCCAGACGUGUUUUUACGAGAGAAAUUGGCGUCUAAAAUUAAACUUCCAGAAUCAAGAAUUCAGGUAUGGUUUCAGAAUAGACGAGCAAAGUGGCGAAAGCGAGAGAAAAUGGCCCUGGGGACGGGCUUUGUGACCUAUGGUUUACCAUUUUCAUUGUCUUGGGCAGCUCACCAUUCUUCUUUAAUGUCCCACAGUGCGCUGAUGACGUCAGUAAUGGAGAUGACAAACCAGCGUCACCACCUGUCCACAGAACCUCUUCGAUAUAAAACAUCCAGCGAGCACUCAGAUCUCAUGAACGUCAGACAACCAAACCUUGCAUCAAAACAAAGAUCGAACCUCUGCAUGAACCUCUCCACCCAAAGGUGAAGAUGAUGUAGCAAAGGGUGACACCUAGGCAUGAGACACGCAUGUUUUUAGCCGUGACAUUUAUUUUUUUUUUAAAUAUUAAAGACUUAAUUGUUCCUUAUAUAAUUUCAAUAUUUAUCUAGACUCAUAUUCGAAGAUGCUGUACAUCUACAUAUAUAAUCAGAUUUGCUCAAAAAUUCUUGAAAGAUAGAUAUAAAUAUGUUAUCAUAACUUUCACGAUAGGAUGGGAUUUUAUCACUAGUUGACAUAAUUAUAUAUGCAGGAAUAAUUAAGUGUCAUUACGUGUCUGCCACGAACUA